CUUCCGGGGCUGGGGCUGCUCUGUUCCAUCACGAGACUGCACCACAAGUGGACCCUGGUGGAAAUUCCACCAUGCCUACGCAAGCCACUGCAUGGACCUCUCACCCCAUAAAUUGAGGGGCUGCUGAUGGUCUCAGCAUCAGACAGCGAAGAGGCUUCCAAGAUACCUUUGCCUGCUCCAGCUCCAGCCAGCACUUCUCCCCCAACAUGAAGGUGUCUGUGGUUGCUCUCGCCAUUGUCAUCACUGCCUUCUGCUACCAGACCUCUGCUGCUCCACUUGGCUCUGACCCACCAACCUCCUGCUGCUUCUCCUACAUCUCCCGGCAGCUGCCCCGCAGCUUUGUGAAGGAUUACUAUGAAACCAACAGCCAGUGCUCCCAGCCUGCUGUCGUGUUCAUCACCAGGAAGGGCCGGGAAGUCUGUGCCAACCCGAUGGAGGACUGGGUCCAGCAGUACGUGAAUGAGCUGGAGCUGGACUGAGGUCCUGGACAGAUCCAGCUGCUCCAUGUCCCCAACUGCUGGGAUGGACGAGCGUGACCAACUGGGAUCCACUGGAAGUGCUUCAAUGUCAUUUAGAGUUAGCUGAGAAACUGAAAACAUUCCAAAAUCCAACUAAAUGUUCUGCUAUUUAAUUUUUAUAGGAGAGGGAUCAGGUGCAAUAACUCUGAGAUAAAAAAUUUUAUUUAAUAUAUACAUAUAUUUUAUUUUUUUUAACAGUAGACUCAGGUUAUAUUUUAUGUGUUUAAGUAAUCCUAUUUUUGACACAAAAUUAAAUUCCAAUGUCAAUAAAUAAAUAUUUUUGUAAGAA